UUAUUGCCGGACCUCUCUAUGCAAUGGGCAAUGGCUGAGCUCUUUAAUCAUCCAGAAGCAUUCCACAGAGUAAGAAAGGAGAUAGAAUCAGUCACAAAAAAUGUUAGACUAGUUGAAGAAUCAGAUAUUUCAAAGAUGCCAUAUUUACAAGCAGUUGUGAAAGAAACACUUAGACUUUAUCCAGCAGGACCAUUCGAUUUUGUUUCGUUCGGAGGAGGAUGGAGAGGGUGUCCAGGGACAACACUAGCAUUUAACUUGAUGAACACUGCACUUGCUGCUAUGAUUCAGUGUUUUGAUUGGAAAAUUGGUGAAGAUGGAAAAGGUGUAAAGGUUGAUAUGAAAUCUGGUUCUGGCAUGUCUUUAAGCAUGGUUCACCCACUUAUUUGUAUUCCUAUACUAUAUUUUAACCCUUAUGAUGAAUAG